AUGGACAGAAUCAUCCCAGACAUAGCAGUCGGUACAAAGCAGGGAUCCGAGGAGCUCUUCUCCACGUGUGUCAGCAAUGGCCCCUUCAUGAUGAGCAGCUGGGCUUCAGCAGCCAAUGGAAAUGAUAGCAAGACGUUCAAGGACAACAGGAGCACAGGGUUCCCUUCCAGAGUCAUCCACAUCCGCAAGCUACCCAGUGAUGUCACUGAGGACGAGGUCAUCUCUCUGGAACUGCUUGGGAAGGUCACCAACCUCCUUAUGCUGAAGGGGAAAAACCAGGCCUUCACAGAGGAGGCUGCCAGCACCAUGGUCAACUACUAUACGUCAGUGGCACCCGUGCUGCGUGGACAGCCCGUCUACAUUCAGUUCUCCAACCACAAGGAGCUCAAAACUGACAGCUCACCGAACCAGGCAUGGGCCCAGGCAGCCCUGCAGGCUGUGAACUCUGUGCAGUCCGGAAACCUGGCGUUGGCAGCCUCUGCUGCUGCCGUGGAUGCAGGGAUGGUAAUGGCAGGCCAGGGCCCAGUGCUCAGAAUCAUUGUGGAAAACCUCUUUUACCCAGUGACCCUGGAUGUUCUGCAACAGAUCUUCUCUAAGUUUGGGACAGUCCUGAAGAUCAUCACAUUCACCAGGAAUAACCAGUUCCAGGUGCUGCUGCGUUACGCUGACCCUGUGAGCGCCCAACAUGCCAAGCUGUCGCUGGACGGCCAGAACAUGUACAACGCCUGCUGCACGUUUCGCAUCGACUUCUCCAAGCUCACUAGUCUCAGUGACAAAUACAACAAUGACAAGUGCAGAGAUUCCACUCGGCCUGACUUGCCCUCUGGGGACAGCCAGCCUUCACUGGACCAGACCACGGCUGCAGCCUUUGCUGUGCCCGUCAUAACGUCAGCCUCUCCGUAUGCAGAAGCUGGGUUUCCUCCCACCUUUGCCAUCCCUCAGGCCGCAGGCCUCUCUGUUCCUAAUGUCCACGGAGCGUUGGCCCCUCUGGCCAUACCAUCUGCUGCUGCCGGUGCUGCAGCUGGCCGCAUUGCCAUCCCAGGCCUGGCAGGCGCCGGAAAUUCUGUCCUUCUGGUCAGCAACCUGAACCCUGAGAGAGUCACACCCCAAAGCCACUUUAUUCUCUUCGGAGUCUAUGGUGAUGUGCAGCGGGUGAAGAUUCUGUUCAAAAAGAAGGAAAAAGCACUCGUCCAGAUGGCGGAUGGCAGCCAGGCCCAGCUGGCCAUGAGCCACCUGAAUGGGCACAAGCUCCAUGGGAAGUCAGUGCGUAUCACACUGUCAAAGCAUCAGAGUGUGCAGCUGCCUCGUGAGGGACAGGAGGACCAGGGCCUGACCAAGGACUAUGGUAGCUCACCACUGCAUUGCUUCAAGAAGCCAGGCUCUAAGAACUUCCAGAACAUCUUCCCGCCCUCAGCUACUCUCCACCUCUCCAAUAUCCCGCCCUCUGUGUCGGAGGAUGACCUCAAGAGCCUCUUCUCCAGCAAUGGCGGUGUGGCCAAAGGCUUCAAGUUCUUCCAGAAGGACAGAAAGAUGGCCCUGAUCCAGAUGGGCUCUGUGGAGGAGGCAGUGCAGGCACUGAUUGAACUGCACAACCACGACCUGGGCGAGAACCACCAUCUGCGCAUGUCCUUCUCUAAGUCCACCAUCUAG